GAAAUCAUAACAAACUACCAAGUCCAAUUUGAUGCUUUUUUUACUUGUUACUGAAACAUGUAACACAGAUUGAGUCAAUAACUUUUGAUAUUAUUGAGACAACAAAAUUUUAUCAACUAGAUCAGAUUAUGCCCUAUAAAGAUUUUCAUGAGGCUGAUUUUGAGCCUCCAUCCAAGCACGAAUACCUAGGAUGAGCAAACAUGGCAUAGAAAAAUUGAAGCACAGAAGCUGCCUAACUCACAGGGAACUAAUAUCAGCUUCAGACUUUUACUCAAAAAAAAUUUCAGAGGAAAAAGAGAGAUCGAGAAAGAGCUAGCCUAAAACUUUAACAAUAAAACAAAGAAUUGAGUAAAAGUUUCUGAUACACAGAAAAUUGCAAUUGAAUUUACAUGUGCUCCUUAUAUGCAGUUCUCAAUCAAUCAAUCAAUCAACUAUGCCUCAAUUCCUAAAUGUUACCUUGAGAAAUUAAAAGUCUACAACAGAAACAUUUUCGUAAUGACUAUGCAUGAUUCUUGAUUAGUUUAUGUAUAUUCUUGUUAGACAGGUUAAUUAUAGUAAUCAAUAAAGCAUAGAGGUAACAGGUGCAUGUCAAUUGGUGAUAUGAGGACAAGCAAGCCAAAAAGAGAGAGGUAGUUGCAGGCGAGAUAAACCUUAUGGUAUACGUGAUAAGGACAUGUUCUUUUCUUUAUUCUUUUUAAUACUAAGGAUCUAUGCUGGCAAGUCAAUCAGAAACCCCAAAUCUGCACCAGUGGUAGGAACUGUGUUUCACCAACUCUUCUACUUCAAAAGGCUUUAUGAUUAUCAAACAGAAGUCGCCAAGAAAAUUCCUACCUCCCGACUUCUAGCUCCGGACGAGAGUAUAAUAUGCACCACUGAUUCAAGAAAUGUUGAGCACAUUCUUAAGACGAAGUUUGGCAAGUAUUCUAAAGGCAAGCGUAAUGAAGAUAUAAUAAUGGAUUUGUUUGGAAAAGGGAUUUUUGCAGUAGAUGGUGAGAAAUGGAAGCAGCAGAGAAAGCUUGCAAGCCUGGAGUUCUCAGCUAGGGUCUUGAGAGACUUUAGCUGCACAGUUUUCAGAAAAAGAGCAGCCAAAUUGGUCAGAAAAGUUUUUCAAUUCUAUAACUCCAACCAAGUUUUUGAUAUUCAAGAACUGCUAAUGAGAUGUUCCCUGGAUUCAAUAUUCAAAGUUGGCUUUGGAGUUGAUUUAAACUGCCUGGAUGGAUCAGGAGGAGAUGAUAACAGUUUCAUCAAGGCCUUUGAUGAUUCUAAUGAAUUGAUAUAUUGGCGUUACGUCGAUCCCUUUUGGAAGCUUAAGAGAUACUUCAAUAUCGGCUCUGAAGCUCUCCUGAAAAAGAACAUCAAAUUCAUCCAUGAAUUUGUUGAUGAACUGAUUAGAUCAAGGCGCGAACAGCUAGAAGUGAAACAAGAUUCUAUUGAUAAGGAGGAUAUACUAUCAAGGUUUCUGGUAGAGAGCAAGAAGGAUCCAGAAAAAAUGACUGAUCAGUAUCUCAGAGAUAUAAUACUGAAUUUUAUGCUUGCUGGCAAAGACAGUACUGCUAAUACUCUGUCAUGGUUCUUUUACAUGCUUUGCAAGAACCCCUUAAUACAAGAAAAGGUUGUUGAGGAAAUAACAGAAGUUACUGGUAAUAACAUGAAGGAUAAGGAACAUUUGGAAGAUUUUGUGGCAAGUAUGACAGAAGAAGUCCUUGAGAAAAUGCAUUAUCUUCAUGCGGCAUUGACAGAAACCUUGAGGCUAUACCCUGCAGUCCCAGUGGAUGGCAGGUGCGCAGAUGCAGAUGACGUUCUUCCUGAUGGCUUUCACAUCAGAAAGGGGGAUGAAGUCAAUUAUGUGUCCUAUGCAAUGGGGAGAAUGCCCUAUAUUUGGGGGAAUGAUGCUGAAGAUUUCCGACCUGAAAGAUGGUUGAAAGAUGGGAUUUUCCAGCCAGAAUCACCAUUCAAAUUCAUAGCAUUUCAUGCUGGUCCACGAAUAUGUCUAGGCAAAGAUUUUGCUUACAAGCAAAUGAAGAUUUUAGCAAUGGCUCUUCUUCAUUUCUUCAGGUUCAAAUUAGCCGAUGAGACGAAAGUAGUAACUUACAGAACCAUGUUUACACUCCAUAUCAAUGAAGGGCUUCCUGUUCAUGCAGUUCCAAGAAGAGGAUUAGUAGGAGGCUGAAAUGCAGAAAGCACUAUGAAUGUCAUUUUUAAAGCUAAUAUACAGAAGUUAUGAUUGUUCAUUUGACAUUUGAACUAUUAGUUCAACUAUUCGCAAAUUUGUGUCCAGAAAGUGGAUUCUAGUACUAUUUCAUCAAGUUCUUGAUUUCUUCUUAGAAGUACGAAAUGCCUUCAUAUUAGUGAG